AGAGCAGGUGAAGAGUUGACUGUGGUUCAGGGCAACAAACAGCAGCGUACGCCGCCGGGGACAUCAAUGGUGGAGUACGCGUCCAUUCAGGGAAAGGUCUGAGAGAGACCACUACUGGGGCUUACAUGGAGAGCUGAAACUGAAUAUGAGGUUAACGUCCUUAAUGAUGUACAUAUCUCCGGUUCUGCUAUUUAUUUUGUAUGUAUAUAUCGGAUUUUCCGAAGCUGCACCUCGCAUCAGUCCCUACGAUGCGUCGCCUAUCUCCAGGAAGCCCGGCUCAGCCUCCGACACCUGGGAGACCUUCCACACCGACAUGCCUCGUACUUUACCCGAGAGCAGGUUCGCUCUCGGGCCUCUAACCGGACUCACACCGUCACCUGCUAUUGUUUCUGCCGGGCCGACCACCACUAGCUCUAUUUCUAAAACGGCAACCACCUUCCAGCCUCCAACAACGGACCCGACCACCACCACUACGUCUACUACUACAGCCCCUGAUACUGGAAUCAUUUCAGCCACUAAAGAACAAAUAACAGCGCCGAUUUCCAGAUUAAACGGCGCACGCAAAAGAUCCACCGAUGUACAAACAUCACUUUAUGCUCCGGAGAAAAUGCUGCAGACCAUGGUGUCCAUGGUUUCCCAGCGCACAGCAAACGAUGCCUGGGCAGCAGAUAAUAUUGGCACAUCUGUUACCUCAAUAGAGAAUAGUCAAGAGGGUCUCUGUAACUGCAGCAGUGGCGCUGAGGGGAUUUUGGACCCGGAUGAGUGUGAGCCGAGCACCGGUCAGUGUUCGUGUGUGUCGGGCUACGCCGGUCUGCAGUGUGAGGACUGCGAGGAGGGACACUUCACCAACAGCGGCUGCCUGCCCUGCGCCUGUGACUCCUUCGGUGCAGUCAGCCACCUCUGUGACAGCUCAGGGAUAUGUAAGUGCAAGACGGGAGUGUAUGGACCAAAGUGUGAUGAAUGCCACCCAGGCUUCUUCCGCUUCAGCAGCACUGGCUGCCGGCCCUGCCAGUGUCAGAACCACACCAACUACUGCCAUCCACAGUCCGGAGUGUGUCUGAACUGUGAGGGCAACACCCAGGGGUCCAACUGUGAGGAGUGUAAGCCUGGUUUCUACCGCCUGGCUGGAAGUGCCCUGACUCAAGCCUGUGCACCUUGUCCCUGCUCCAACUCCACCUCCACCGCCACCUGUCACACCGAUCCCAGUGGCUCCCCAGUGUGUGACCAGUGCCUCCCCCGGUACAGCGGCCCGCAGUGUGACAAGUGUAGCGCCGGCUUCUACAAAGCAUCUGGGGUUUGUGCUCCAUGUGACUGCAGUGGGAACGCAGACCCUCAGGACCCCGGCCAGCUCUGUCACCCCGACACCGGCCACUGCCUCCGCUGCAUCAACAACACCGCCGGGCCCCAGUGCCAGCUCUGUGCUCCGGGCUUCAUAGGGGACGCCCGAGCACACAACUGCACCCGUCCGACCACCCGGCUUUUCCCCAUACCAGCAGAUACAACCACGACAAAGACCCCCGCAUCGAGCACAUCUUCCCCCUCCACGACCACGACCACCAGCACCAGCACCACUCUGACCUCCGCCACGGCUUCCACGUCCGGCGGCAACACAAGCACAGCGCUCAGCACCGCCGCCACCACACAGGCGUUGUUGACCAGCCUGCGCAGCCCCACCGACAACACCACCGCGGCGCUGACCGAAGUGUCCUGGACGCAGUUCAACAUCAUCAUCCUGGCCGUCAUCAUCCUGGUGGUGCUGCUGCUGCUGGGCUUCGUCGGAGGCGUGUACACCUACCGGGAGUACCAGAACCGCAAGCUCAACGCGCCCUUCUGGACCAUUGAACUGAAAGAGGACAACAUCAGCUUCAGCAGCUACCACGACAGCAUCCCCAACGCGGACGUGUCAGGCUUGCUGGAGGACGAGGCCAACGAGGUGGCGCCUAACGGCCAGCUGGCACUCACCACGCAGGGCAACUGCUACAAGGCUUAGCGCUCCACCCAUGCCCAAACUGGACACCUAGAUUUACAGAUGACACAAAGCUGCUGGAAGAAAAAACUAAAACAAAAAAACAACAAUCCAAAGCUCCUUCAUGUAUGACUGCUUGUUGUUACCCCUGCUGGUCUGCGCCUCACAACACAGUGAGAUCGAGCAGAUGUGAUCAAAGAUAUGGAAAAAGAGAUGCAGAUUUUCCACUUGAAACGUUAUCCCCUUUUUGAUAUGAUUUUGUGUGGAAUGGGCGAAUCAGUGAGAAAAAAAAAGGUCCAAAGAAAAAAAAGUAGUAAAGUUGGAGUUGUGCCUGCAGAGGGCACUGUUGUGCUGAUUAGUUAAGCACUUGGCGUGGCGUAAGACGGGUGCAGAGCAUCCAGCUGUUUGCCGACACAAUGACCCUGACUGGUUAGAGGACUUCCAGCCUGGCAUUUCAGAUAUUUUUUAAAUGGACUUCUGACUGUUUAAGUUAUAGCUGGAUCACUUGGACAGUGAUCCUAAACUGAGACAAUGAUUGUUAUUUAAGGAAUUCAGUUCUUAUUUAUUGGUUGACUUUUCAUUUUGGGGAGAAAUGCUGCACAUGUAUGGUGUGUUUAUUCAUGGUGUUUUUAUCUUACGUGCUGUCGAAUGGUAAUUUGAAUCAGCCGAUUUGUUUUCAUGUAUAGUUUGUGUGUUUUUGGAGUGAAUCAUAAGGGAAGGUGAAGGGCGCUGGCACAAGGAUUUUAAUGACCUCGUCUUUUGUUUAUAGCUUCCUGUGUUUUGUUAAAGUGUGCCAGCUCACCUAAAGUAUCUACGAGGAGUGUUUUCUUUUGAAGACAACUACCAACUUCCAUUUAUAAACUCUCACCACUUGGUCCUAUUGCGGGGUAGUGACUCAUACCGGCUUCCUCAUAAUCUACCCUGAAAACUGAUCUGAUCUUCGCAGCUAAUGGGUUCUGUGAUGCAGUCUCAGAUGAUAAGAGCGUUUAAAACAUAAACAGAAUUCUAUUAUUACAACUGUUGUUAUUGAGUGAAACCAGUCUACACACAGUCAAAACUCCCUCAGCCUACUGGUCAUUGUUAUCACCGACAAUCAAGUUGCCUCAGCUAAAAUGGCGAGUCGCUUUAAAAUGUAUGUACUUCGGAGGCUUCGCACCUGAUCCCGGACACAGUUCCCAUGUUUUGUGUUGUUCAGGCUACCAUUGGUUGGGCGCACUUCAUUUUACCACGGUGAAUGAGUAAAGCUAAUUAUGGAACUAACUCCUCAGGUACUGGCUCUUUCCCUAAUGUGAUCACUGUAAAUAUAAUUAUUGUACAGAUGAAUGUGAAUAGUAGCACUAUUAUUGUACAGGUAGAAUACUGUGUGUACACUGUCACUCAACAAGCUCCCAGCCUUUCACUCUUCAGGGUGUGAUGUUGCAGUCAGCCCACAGCUUUUUGUAUUUUUAUUUCUUAUUCUCAGUGGACUUUGCCAUAUACGCAGCUGCGGGAAUAAAAUACACCACCCGGAACUCGAAACAGAGAAUACAAUUAUGUAAAUAGUACCCCAAAAUCAGAGCUCAACUCUCAAAUAAAAAAUGGGUUUAACUGUU